GUUUAUUAUUUUCCGUCGUUCGAUUUUGUAUUGAAAAAUUUUACAAAGCGCGUGUGUAGUUUUUAUUUAAUACAAUAAUAAUAAAACGAAAUUAGCACUGAGUGAAGUGAAAUCAUUUAAAUACUUCUGUGUCAAUGUCUAUGUGUUUUUACAUAUAAAAAUAUAAUACCGAUUUGAAAAAAAAACACAAGCAAAACGAAAGUAUUUCAAAGGAAAUUCACAGCAAAUAAGCCAAAGCACAAAGUGAAAAGACUAUAAAAUAAAAAUAAUAUUGCAUUUACUGAAAAGUAAAAUUGCGUACCAGGACUAUUCCCUUGACCACCCAACAGACAUACACACAUUCAGCGCAACAAUUGUAUAUACUAAGUAAUACAACAACAAUAUAUUCCAUACGCAACGUUGCACAAACUUCACAUAGAUUUAAAUAAAAAAUAAAAACCUAUAAAAACCACAAUAGCUGCAACAUAAAACAGACUCACUCGUACGCACAAGAAGGAAUACAACGAGAGCCGGCGUUUAAAGAAUUCAACAGAAUAGAAAUAAAUUUAAAAAAGCCUUAAAGCACAAUGAGUAAAGCAACACCACCACAAUACACUUAUGUGCCACCACCCUCAGCUCCACCAUCCUACCAAGAAGCAGUUGGUGGCGUUAAACCGGUGGGUCCGUUUACACCCGUCGCUGCACCCACACAUGCUGCUGCUACCACAAAUGCCCAUAUUGUUACCACGGUUGUGCCAAUUGGACGUACGGCUACACAUAUGAUUUGUCCAUCGUGUCAUGCUGAAAUCGAAACGACAACACGUACUGAACCUGGAAUGAUUGCAUACUUAUCGGGUUUUGUAAUUGCAUUAUUAGGAUGUUGGUUGGGUUGCUGUCUGAUUCCCUGUUGCAUUGAUGACUGCAUGGAUGUUCAUCAUACAUGCCCCAAUUGCAAGGCAUACUUGGGACGUUUUCGACGAUAAAUACUCUACAACUCUACUGGGCCAUCGAAUAUUAAAACAUACACAAACACCGCCACACACACACACACAUAUAUACAAAAACUUAGACUACGCUUAGAAUGUUUAAAUAAAAAAUUCAAAACAUAUGGCUUCGAAAAACAGAAUGGAAUUAAAAUUUUAAAUACAACUGUCUAAACAACUUUUAAAGUCGUUUAUUUUCAAUUAAUUACGAAAUAAAAUUAAUAUAUUAAAAAUAUCUUAAUAAAAAAACAAAAUUUUUUAAUAAAUAUAAAAGUCUUUGAAGAGAUUUUGCGAAAAAUAUUAGUUUUGCCUAAAGUUUGCUUUUCUGAAAUAAUUUUUCUUUUGAUAACCUUAAAAUUGCUCAAAAUUUUCUUUUUUGAAAUAAUUUCUUAAUUUGUUUGUUAACUAUUUAUUAAUAAUAUUUAAAUACAUACUUUAAUUUAUUUGUUUAAAUACCUUUAGAAACUUUUCAAAAUGAUUUUUUUAAUCUAUAAUAUACAAAACAUAAUAAUAAAACAUCACAAUUGCCACCAGUUUAUGAAUUCCAAACGAAAAAAUCGUCUGAUUUCUCAACCCAUUUGAAAUUUGUAAACACGUUCUUAUAAUGCAUAUUACCUAAAACUAUGCUACAAUAUUUUAAAGCACACAUAGCAAGCACACUCUCCCACAAACACCACAUUACUGUUCUGCUUUAUUUAGCGUAAUCCAAUUUAAAAAUGUGUGAAAAUAUUCACAAUUUUAUGUAUUUUUUGUUAUUAUUAUUUUAAAUGCUUGCGGUUAAAAUACAUAGUUAUAAAUAAUUUACAAUUUACUAUAAUUAAAUAUGUAUAGCUUUCUUUUUUAUUUGAGCUCCUUUUUUAUUAUUAUUAUUAUUAUUAUUAUUAUACAAUGUAAUAUUAUCAAUUAAUAUAAAUCGAAUAUUACAGACAUACAUAGAUGCAUACAAAUGUAAUACUAAAAUAAAAACUCUAUACUAUGAAAUAAUUUCGUAAAUAAAUGUAAAAUUUUUAUGUA